GAGGCAGAAAGCUGGUUGAGCAGGCUUGGUGGCACUGGGACCGCGAUGGUCGUCUUGUCCGUCUCCUUGCUGCCGGCUCUGCUCUUGAGUGCCUACAAGCGCAUGCAGGAGAACGACAGCUUGGGCGGAUUCCUCGCGUCACUGCCUUUCGACCAUCCCAGCUGGAAGGCAGACGACGGCAGCGACAGCGACAGCAAUGAGAUUGGUUGA